UCUACUACCGCCGGCAGAGGACGCCGGUCCUCAUUCACCUUUGACAAUUAUUCAAAUAUUUUAAAUUCACACUUUGUAAUUCGAAUUUCAUACAACAAUUCAUUGAAUGUGUAUUGAAAUUCACCAACCCGACUGUGAUUCGCUGCGGCUGUCGGACACGCGCGAAGGAUAGUUGGUGCAUCUAUUCAAAUUGUGCUUUGUAUUUGAAUUGGCCUAUCUCGCGCCAUGAUCAAAAUUACUCCGGCCUUUUUGAAACAGCUAUGGCUGACCCUCAGUGCGUCUCUGGCGUUCCUGAUCAUUGGCUUGGUGCGAGGGUACUCUUCUUCCUCCAUACCCUCCAUUGAGAAGUACGACCCCAACAUCAUACAGUCUAGUGAACAGAAAUCAUGGAUCGGAGCGAUACCACCUCUAGGUGCGUUCGUGGGCAGCCUGCUGUCGGGUCAGCUGAUGCAGCGGGCCGGCCGGCGGCGCACGCUCUUGUUGACCGCGCCCAUGUGGGCGGCGGGGUGGCUCCUCCUGGGCUUCGCCAAACAUCUGCCACUGGUGCUACUUGGUAGAGCCAUGACGGGGCUCUGUGUCGGCUUCGUGCUUGCUCCUGUACAGGUUUAUGUGAGCGAGUGCUGCGACCCAGAGAUCCGCGGGCGGCUGGGCUCUCUGCCCACCCUGUCGAUGUCUUUGGGCAUCUUGAUCUCCUACACCGCUGGAAACUGGCUCUACUGGCGGUACCUCGCGUUCUUCUCCGCUGUCUUCUGUGGAGCCCUCUUUAUGGCGCUGCUACCGCUACCAGAGUCCCCGGUGUGGUUGGAGGCACGGGGCGAAGGCUCAGCCGCCGCCGUCAAAUGGCUGCACCUUUCCGCACGUGCCACCGCCGUUGUAGAAGAUGAUGAUAAUCCAAAAUCAGAGAAGUCUCCUGAAGUCCCGAGCCUGUUCACGCGGCGCGUGUUCUUCUCGUCUGCAGUGCUGAAGCCGUUGGUGGUGGGGUUCGCGCUGCUCUUCUUCCAGCAGUUCAGCGGCAUCGACGCUGUUAUCUUUUUCACCGUCGAAAUCUUUCAGAACUCUGGCAGCAAACUGGACGCGAUGACAGCCACCAUAAUAGUGGGUUUGGUGCAGUUGCUUAGCAACGCGGUGAGCACGCUGCUCGUAGACACGGCUGGCAGGCGACCGCUGUUGCUUCUGUCUGCAGCUGUCAUGUGCGCCUCUAUGCUGGCUAUGGGCGCCGCGUUCUACUUCGAGUUUGAGCACGAGACCUGGCUUGGGUAUCUGCCAAUAGCAUCACUAGUAGUAUUCAUGGUGGGGUUCUCGCUGGGGUUCGGCGGGUUGCCGUUCCUGCUGCUCGGCGAGCUGUUUCCGGCGCACCACCGCGAGCAGCUGUCCGCGCUCGCCAGCGCCGUCAACCUGCUCUCCAUGUUCACCGUCAUCAAGUCCUACCAUGCUCUUGAUAAUUUCUUAACACCAGCGGGAACAUUCUGGAUGUAUGCAUGUUUCUGUGCGAUCGCAUUCUUUUUCGUGCUGUUUGCAGUGCCUGAGACUAAAGGCAAGUCACUGGCUGAAAUAGAAGAACACUUUCGAGGAAAAAAGAAAUCUCAAUCUAUACAAAUAUCUACAAUUUCAUAAGAAAUACAAUAAAAUUAUAGGCAACGUUAUCGGUUGAAGAACGAAGGACGAUAAUAACAAUUUUUAAAAAAGAUCCCUAUCCAUCCAUAGGGAAGGCCCGUGCCCCAGCAGUGGGGAUGUUAAUGGCCUGGUGAUGAAAAAUCAUCAGAUGAAAAAAAAUGGAUAGUUAAAUCGAUAUUCUUUUAAAAUUAAGACAAAAAUAUAGUCCAUGCUAAAAGUGCCAUAUUUUAUGGUUCGAUUUUUCUCUGACGUACUACGUAUUACAUCGGGUUCAAUAAUAAACACCUAAUUAGUUUUAGACAGACUGUCUGUGAUCACCAGUUAGUAAGUAGAUCUAGGCUGUGUUCAUCGUGUAUGUAAACUGAAAUUAUUAUGUUUUAAUUUAAUAUAAGUCCCCGAUUCAAGAUUACGUAAAUUAUGCAAUGAAUUACUUACGUAAUUUAUUAAUAACUGUAUUUAAAAUUUACGUAGUUUUUAUUAGAGAAAAUUUAUAUAUUACGUAUGUGUUAGUAAUUAUUAGUAAAAAUUGUAAGAUAAUUAAAGGG